AUGCUCAGGCUCCAGAAGCGCUUGGCGUCCAGCGUCUUGCGCUGUGGCAAAAAGAAGGUUUGGUUGGACCCCAACGAGACAAAUGAGAUCGCCAAUGCCAACUCACGCCAGCAGAUCCGCAAGCUGGUGAAAGAUGGCCUCAUCAUCAGAAAGCCCGUGACGGUGCACUCCCGUGCCCGUUGCCGCAAGAACACAUUAGCACGCCGCAAGGGACGUCAUAUGGGCUAUGGUAAGAGGAAGGGUACUGCCAAUGCCCGUAUGCCCGAGAAGCUGUCUUGGAUGCGGCGCAUGAGAAUCCUGCGCCGUCUUCUCCGCCGCUACAGGGAGUCCAAGAAGAUUGACAGGCACAUGUACCACAGUCUGUACCUGAAGGCCAAGGGUAACGUGUUCAAAAACAAGCGCAUCUUGAUGGAGCACAUCCAUAAACUAAAGGCAGACAAGGCUCGCAAGAAGCUCCUUGCCGAUCAAGCCGAAGCCCGUCGCACAAAGACGAAGGAGGCCCGCAAGCGCAGAGAAGAGCGUCUCCAGGCCAAAAAGGAGGAGUUUAUCAAGAACUUGGCCAAAGAGGACGAAGCCAACAAAUAG